AUGAGGGAGCUGCUUAGAGACACGGCGUUUGGGAAGAUCGUUCGACUCUUGAGUGGUCGCCGGCUACUGCUCUACACUGAGGAACGGGAUCGAUCUUUCAUCCAGGAGAUGGUUGCUACCGCCGCAGAAGUAGGGGUGGCACUUCCUGAACUGAUUCCCAAUGAAAGCAUCGUUGAGCCAAAUGGAUUAGAGACUAUCAUGUCUCAAGCGUCCUACCGGUCACGCCAAGAGUCCUGGCCCAUUCCUGCCCCUCGGGACGAGAAGGCUAUUAUUGUAGGCUGGAGAUCAGGUGAUAGUGAGAACUGGAGCUUCGCCAAAAAGCUUCUCGUUAGUUCCCUGGUAUGGGUAUUGACCUUUGCAAUCUACAUUGGCUCAGCCAUCUACUCCCCAGGUAUUCCGGGGGCAGCGAAGCAAUUUGGAGUAAGCAAUGUUGCUGCAACUUUGGGUCUCACAUUGUUCGUCCUAGGUUAUGGAGUCGGUCCAAUGAUUUGGUCCCCUCUUUCUGAACUUCCCAUGGUCGGAAGGAGUCCAAUUUAUGUGCUUACGCUCUUUGUUUUCGUGGGCUUGAAUUUCGCUGUCGUAUACUCGAAAAGCUUUGCGAUGUUCCUAACCUUUCGAUUUCUAACUGGGUUCAUCGGCUCGCCAGCCCUCGCGACGGGGGGUGCAUCAAUGGCUGACAUCUGGAGCCCCAGGGCACGCGAUUAUAUGAUUGUCAUAUGGGGAACAUUCGCUAUCGCUGCACCUGUUCUUGGGCCGAUGGUGGGUGGGUUUGCAUCAUCCGCGCAAGACUGGACGUGGACUAUCUGGCAGCUUAUCUGGGUGUCUGGCUUCGCUGCUGUCUUGUUAUUCUUUCUGCUGCCGGAGACAUAUGGUCCAAACAUUCUCUACCGACGAGCACGACGGAUACGCCACAUGAUUGGAAACUCGAACUUUUGCUCUGAGGCGGAGCUCGAGCUACGCCAAAUUCCACCCACGGAUAUUCUGUUUGAAGCACUGGUUCGUCCUCUCCAACUGUGUUUCCUGGAGCCGAUCGUCCUCGUCAUGAAUGUAUAUAUUUCGCUCGUCUAUGGCAUACUCUACAUAUGGUUCGAGGCCUUCCCAAUUGUCUUUGAAGAGAUACAUGGGUUCAACCCAGGACAAAGCGGGAUGUCAUUUUUAGGAAUCAUCACCGGUACAAUCCUUUUUGCCAUUCCAGGAUACUUCACAUGGAAGUAUUACUGUCAGUCGAAAAGGAUCGGGGACGAUGGGUCCAUCGCGCCAGAAUACGAGCUCCCUCCAGCAUGCGUGGGGAGUAUUUGCUUGCCAAUCUCCCUCUUUUGGUUCGGGUGGACUGGGAACUUUGGGUCAGUUCACUGGAUAGCCCCAAUUGCUGCGGCGGGCCUGUUCUCGGUCGGUGGAUGUCUAAUCUUCAAUCCGAUAUUCUGCUACCUGGCGCAUGCAUAUCCAAGGUAUGCCGCGUCGGUGCUCGCCGGGAAUGAUUUCAUGCGUUCAUCAUUCGGGGCCGGAUUUCCAUUAUUCGCGGCUGCGAUGUUCCACAACUUGGGCGUAGGAAAUCCACCUACCGGUUAUGAGACGCGGUAG